UUCUGGUUUCAAGGUUGGUUUUAAUCUCGUUAAAUUUAGUAAAAAUACAAAUUCUGAUUUUUAGGUUUUCUGCUUCAAGUUUAUUUGAAAGUUUUACAAUUCAAGUUUAUUUGUCAAGUUUAUUUUUGAUUCUGCUUCAGGUUUUAAGGUUAGUUAAAAAUUUUAGCUAUAUUUUUUAAAAAUUUAUAUCUCGGGGUAAAUCCGUCUAAAAAUUUUUUUAUCCGUCUAUUUUGAAAAGCAGACUUUAUUUAAUAUUUUCGCGAAAAAUUGAGUUAAGAAAACCUAUGUUUAAUGAAAAAUUUCCUAUGUUGAAAUUUCAGAAUGUCCCAAAAUACUUCAACAAAAAAAUUUUUUUGCGAAAACAGCGCUAUAGGAAAUGAGGCAAAGAAAAAUAAAAAAGAAAAAAGAAGACAACGCACAGCAAAUGCAUCAAAAUCUAGGUGGAAAAAGCCUGAAGAAAAUGAGGAAGACAAAGAAGCUGAAAUAUUUACAGAAGAUGAACAAUUUGUUGGAGAAACUAGCGGAGAUGAAAAUUUGGGUGUUCAACCAGAGAUUUAUGAUGCUUGUCAUGAUGUCGCUGGGCCUUCUAAUGAUUUGCGGGGUUCAAUGCUUGAUUUGUCUAAUAUGAAACAUGAUGAAUUACUUGAAGUAGCUGAAACACUACUCGAGGAAAAUAUUCAAUUAAAUUCUGAAGAUGUCAUUAAAUGUAAAAAUUUUUUACAAAACUUUAUUGUUGUUUUUGCAUUUUUAGCAAAAUUCUCAAUUUUUCAAAAAUCAUGUUUUUUUUGUUUGUUUUAUUUUUCUGAUGUUGUUACUACAAAACAUUACAACACUUCAAAAUGUUCAAUCACCUCUUUUUACUCAACAAACAAAUGGUCAACUUUUUUCAAUGAUGAAUCCUUACAACAACAAGAUUUUGAUUUUUCUAAUGAGUCUGGUAAAUAUAAAGUGUAUUUAGUUAGAGAUGGUGAAAAAAGAUUCAAUUUAAAAUAUAUUGGAAUAACAACACAAAUCAAAAUACGUAUGAUAAAUCACAGAUGCACAAAAACAUUCAUCGAGUUAAAGAAUCCUGAAUAUGCAAUACUAUUAGAGAAUUUAUCAGAAAAAACAGCAUCAUUUUUGGAAGGACUCCUCAUCCUCUCUUCUCAGCUCGGCUACAAUUUAUUAAACAAGACGUAUGAAUUUACCAAUAUUACUAAAGGCUUAUCAGACAAAGAAAUAGCAGAAUUAUCAAAGGAAGAUUUAAAGAAUAUUGUUAUCGAAUACCAUAAGAAAGCAGUAAAUAUACUUAAAAAAAGGUGGAGUAUAGUCGAGUGGAUAAAGUUUUGA